UUGAGUGAUAUCUUUCCAGAAACACGUACUGCAGCGCCAGUUCCCCCACCACAAGCUGCGGCGUCUAAGCCGGCGCCUGCUAUCGAGAAAAUAUCGCCAGUAGGUGGUGAGAAACCGUCUGCUGGUACGAGGGGUGAGACACGUAUCAAAAUGAAUAGAAUGCGUUUGAGGAUUGCGCAGCGGCUAAAGGAUGCACAGAAUUCGUACGCCAUGCUGACGACAUUCAAUGAAGUGGACAUGAGCAGUGUGGUAGAAAUGCGAAAGCGGUAUCAAAAGGAGUUCACUGAGAAACAUGGCAUCAAAAUAGGUCUGAUGUCACCAUUUAUUCGGGCUGCCACUUACGCAUUACAAGAAUUCCCGACAGUUAAUGCCGUAAUUGACGAAGGAGAGAUAUUGUACCGACAUUAUAUCGAUCUAUCAGUGGCGGUGGCAACGCCGAAGGGCCUAGUAGUGCCGGUACUGCGCAAUGUCGAAACCAUGGAUUAUGCAGCAAUCGAGAAAGCGCUCAAUGAAUUUGCUGUCAAAGCUCGAGAUGGUAAGCUUGCAGUGGAAGAUAUGGAAGGCGGUACAUUCACGAUCAGUAAUGGCGGAGUUUUUGGUUCGAUGUUUGGAACGCCAAUCAUCAAUCCUCCACAGUCAGCAAUCCUUGGGAUGCAUGCCAUUUUCGAUCGCCCUGUAGCGGUAGAUGGGAAAGUUGAAAUACGCCCGAUGAUGACCAUAGCCCUUACAUACGAUCACAGAUUGAUCGAUGGCCGGGAAGCAGUGCUGUUUCUGAAGAAGAUCAAGACGACUGUGGAGGAUCCUCGAACAAUCUUACUGAACUUGUAG